UUUAAAUUGAGACGAAAAAAUUGUUCAGAAUGUUCGAAAAGCAACAGGAGGAAGCUGUAGAAUGGAAAAUGGAGAAAGAUCCCGACGAGGCUACCGUUCCGAUGACGAAGAUUAUCGUGCACAACGUGACCGAAUUUACUGAGGCCGGGUUGCGGGCACUCUGCAGCCACUAUGGAACCGUGCAGGACGCGUUUAAAGUCAAGGAAAACCUCGCGUUCGUGGAAUUUUCCACAGAAAACGAAGCUACGGUGGCCGUGCAGCAGCUCAACAGUAAGCGCGGGUUCGGCUUUCAAGCGGACUUUGCGCGCCCCAAGGAGAGCACACAUGAUCCCGUUCCUGUGACCAACGCUCUGCUGGACGACGAAUCAUGGGAAGAGGCCAGCUCAAAGCGGCGGUUUAAUUUGUCAUUUUCGUUGCCACUGUGCAUCAACUUUCCGGAGCACAGCACACUCGAGACACGGUCCGACUAUUUGGGGAACAGUGGCGAUAGCUCCAAACUACGACAAACGGACCCAGAAUGCUUUUUUAACAUUCUCAAAGUAACGGUACCCGUGAGCGAUGUAACUAAUCCACCGAAAUCGUUAAAACCGGUCGCGAUAAAAUCCGGAACCUGUUACACACAUCGGGGUCUUAAGGAACAGGAACGAGGCAAGUUCGGACCCAUUAAACGGUGUGCCGCAUGUCAAGGUUACGGGUACGCUUACUGUGCUCAAUGUGGCACUUCGUACUGCUCGACCAUGCACCAGAAAUUGCACAGUGCCGAACACGCUCUCAGUUGCGCCGGGGACACGAACCAGCCGCCGGGGACACAAAGUAUAACCAUAAAAACCAACGAAUUAAAUUCAAAUCAAGGAAAAUUGAUGCGCGACGCGCUUCCGCUGAAGGCUAAGGUGUACAUCACUGCUGUCCUCACGCAUAAGCAGGUUUUCGUUCGAUCCGCCGAUGCUGGGGCCGACCGCGAGUAUCUCAAAACGAUCGGUGACGCGGCCAAAGCUGGAGCACUUGCGCUGGGUGCCGAGGGUCCAAAAGUAGAACCGGAAACAGGAGGCAUUUAUUUAGCUCCGUACCAACCGUUGGGAGUCUAUGCACGCGUACUGGUGACGGAGGUGAGCGGUACCUUCUCCAAGUGCGUUUACGUGGAGUACGGCUGGGUCAAGAUAGUGUGCAACGAUGACCUUUUGCCCAUCCACGAUGUCGAACUAAGGUAUCGGAAAGUGUUUGUGUACAAAGUAUGCCUGGUGGGCAUCACGGAGCAGUAUGGGAUGAUCGAGAAAGCCAUCGCGUACUUGAACCGGUUGAAAAAUCAAUCCCUGUGGAUGACCUACCGCUUAGAGCAAUGCAACUUCGUCGACGUUCUGCUGCGAGCCGCCCGAGAAGGAAACAGUGUGAACGACAUAAUCAACUGCAAGAUCGAGGUACCUCCGUUGCUGGCCGAGAGCGACCACGAAGCUUACAUCAUGUAUAAGAAAUUGGCCCAGUCGGAGCCGAUAAGAGGCAAAGCGAAAGCGAUCAUGAUCCUCAAUCGAACCACCAUCCAGUUGGAUUACCGCGUGACCUGGAUUGCUGUACACGAUCUGCCGUACUUGGAAGAUUUGCAGAAAAAGUUGCAAUGCUAUGGCACGAAGGUCAACGAAUUCCGGCGCAAUGUGACACCACGGCUCGGAGAGCUGUGUCUCGUGCGCUACGGAAACAACUGGUACCGUGCGGUUUGCCACGAGACUGCCGGCGACUCCAGACCGGCACUGUUUCUCUGUGACUACGGGUGCAUGGUGAUGGCCAACUUGGCCGACAUCCGUAAGAUACCGGCCCAGUUUGCCACCGAGGUGCGCACUCACGACGGGAUAGUCGCCGGUCUCGAGGAAGCCAAGGACAACGGGCUCAAGAUGGACUCGUUAUUUUUCGAUCUCUAUCUGCCAGAAAAUGAAGUGAUGGCGGUAGACAUUACGGAACUGGAAAUUCCACCGCUAGUUGACGGGGAGGAGAUGGAUAAACAUACGGUGCUAACUGUGCCUGAUCUGACCAGCUUUCUCCAGUCUUGCAAAAACCGAUCAAACGAAGACACCCCAAAGGCAGAAUUCUAACGUCUCUUGAGGUCCGCAUUCAGAAAUCGUCAGUAUGAAACUGAAAUGAGGUCACGGUUUGAAAUAAUUCAUAAAAUACCAAACGGCCAAUAAAUUCCAAGUUUUUC